AGGCUUGCCCAGCACGACUUUAACUCGAGUAUGACUGCAAGUCUCACGAGCUAAGCCUGUCCAUUUUCAAGCACGCUAGACUCGUGACCAUUCUGUCUAUUGUUGGGCAAGCCGGGGCCCGGGCAGACAAUUCGCCAAUCUACUUAAUUUCCGAGCCAGAGCUCAGCGCUAGCACCCAGCACUACCUCUAAGUACUACGACACUACGAGAUCUAAGUGGUUCAUUUUGGGCGGUUUAUCAUGGAUCCAGUGACCAAAAGUUCUGAGUCUGAUGUCCCUGCGACGCUGACGGAUCCAGCUCGCGAAGCUGCCGAAGAGUCUAGGACAGGGACCGCUAUAUUGACGCAUGGACAAGUCGCGACACCUAGGCGGCCUACAUCCGAGUCUACUGUCACACCCUUGCCCGCUAGACCUCUCUCGUACGCCGAUCACACACAAGCCGUAGAGUUCGGCGCUGGCUCUAGUUCAACGCAGGCGGACCCUACUCUUCAACCAUCAGAGAAGCAUUUGUCGUCGAAAACAGAUGACCCAUAUCCUGCUAGGUACUCAAGGCACGGUGCCCAAACCCGGGCCUCUUCGGGAGAAUUUGACCACCUCGCGCGUGGAACGAGUAGGGGUAGAGAUUUCCUCCCUCGGAGGGCGACUUUGUUGGCACAGCGGUAUCCCAGUAUCCCAAGUGACUUGGUUCCAAAGACUACCUUGCAGCCCAACCGCACCGUCGGGGACCGCCUACAACCAACUGUCACCGCAGCUGAAGAUGAAAGAGCCAAGUACGCAAAAAAAGCGAUGUGGACAGGCUAUGCGCUGAACAUUGCCAUCGGUCUGCAGGUUCUUCUCGCUAGCCUGACUACUGGUUUAUCUGCUGUCGCAGUUGGAAAACAGGGCUCCGUCGUGAUCGUAAUACUUGGGGCGCUUGCUACUUUAGUCGCAUCAUACCUUGCUCGUAUGCGUGGUUCAAACGAACCAGAGCUUUCAACCACCCGAGUAAAAGACCUUGACCAAUUUCUACGAGACUGCAGGGCGUUCCAGCUAGAUCACGGGAACGAAUAUGGUACCGCUGAGAAUGGGCUCAAUAAAAGAGUGGAGGAGUUCCGGUCCAGAUUCGAGGAACUGCUUGGGAAUGGAGAUGGUCAACGAAAACUGUCUUCCGUUUAAUCUUUCUGUGCCGUAACCCUCUCUAUGUUGAUCGGAAUCUCGUAUAAUUUUGUCUGCUGUCGAGUUGUAUUGCAUCGGAUUUCAUUUUCGCUGUGGCCAUUGUUACAUUAUUUGUUUACUCAGUAGGAAACCCUAGCGAUUCCCUCCAAUUCUACCGAUUGGUAGUGAAAUUGCCUUC